AUGCAGCUCUCCUGGAAAGACAUCCCAACGGUCUCGACGGCCAACGAUCUGUUGGACAUUGUCCUUAACAGAACUCAAAGAAAGACUCCCACCGUUAUCAGACCUGGGUUUAAGAUUACCAGAAUCCGUGCCUUUUACAUGCGUAAAGUGAAGUACACGGCAGAAGGUUUUGAAGAGAAGUUCGAGCAUCUGUUGAAAGGGUUUCCCAACAUCAACGACGUUCACCCAUUUCACAGAGAUCUUAUGGAUACACUAUACGAGAAAAACCAUUACAAAGUGUCGUUGGCUGCCGUAUCGCGCGCCAAAACUCUAAUCGAACAAGUCUCGCGCGAUUACCUGCGUUUGCUGAAAUUCGGUCAAUCAUUGUUUCAAUGUAAACAAUUGAAAAGAGCUGCCCUGGGUAGAAUGGCUACUAUUGUCAAGAAGCUUAAAGACCCACUUGUGUAUUUGGAGCAGGUUCGUCAACAUUUGGGCAGACUCCCAUCUAUCGACCCCAACACCAGAACGUUGCUUAUCUGUGGUUACCCCAACGUUGGUAAGUCUUCGUUCUUGCGCUGUAUCACCAAGGCGGAUGUCGAGGUACAACCAUACGCUUUCACUACAAAGUCUUUGUACGUUGGUCAUUUCGACUACAAAUAUCUGAGAUUCCAAGCUAUCGAUACUCCUGGUAUUUUAGAUAGACCAACUGAAGAGAUGAACAACAUUGAAAUGCAAUCUAUCUAUGCAAUUGCCCACUUGCGUUCGUGUGUCAUGUAUUUCAUGGAUCUAUCCGAACAGUGUGGUUUCACAAUCGAAGCGCAGGUCAAACUUUUCCACUCUAUCAAGCCAUUGUUUGCUAACAAGUCUGUCAUGGUGGUGAUGAACAAGACCGAUAUCAUUGGCCCAGAGGACCUUGAUGAAGAACGUGCCGCCAUGCUGAAAACUAUCUCAGAGAUGCCUGGUGUUGAGGUUAUGGCCACGUCUUGCACUGAAGAGGACAAUGUCAUGGACGUCAGAAACAAAGCUUGUGAGAAGCUCUUGGCUUCUAGAAUUGAAAACAAACUCAAAUCUACCUCGAGAAUCAACAACGUUUUGAAUAAGAUCCACGUUGCUAAGCCUCAGGCAAGAGACGAUGGUGUUGACAGAUCGCCAUAUAUCCCUGAAGCUGUGAAGAACUUGAAAAAAUACGACGAUGAAGAUCCUAACAGAAGAAAGUUGGCCAGAGAGAUCGAAGCCGAAAAUGGUGGUGCUGGUGUUUUCAAUGUCAACUUGAAGGACAAAUAUCUUUUGGAAGAUGAUGAGUGGAAGAAUGACGUUAUGCCAGAAAUUUUGGAUGGUAAGAACGUUUACGAUUUCAUGGACCCUGAGAUCGCAGCUAAAUUACAAGCUUUAGAAGAAGAAGAAGAAAAGCUUGAAGCCGAGGGUUUCUAUAAUUCUGAUGAGGAGGAAGAAACCUACGCAGGCCUUGAAACUGAGGAAGUUUCUGACAUCAAGGAAAAAGCUGAGUGGAUUAGAGACAGACAAAAGAAGAUGAUCUUGAGUGCUAGAAACCGUAAAGCUCUCAAGAAUCGUGCAAUUAUGCCUCGCUCCAAACUUUCGAAAUCCUACGGGGACAUGGAAAAGCACAUGUCUUCUUUGGGUCACGAAAUGUCAACUUUAGCAGACAAGCACAGAAACGCUACUCAAAAGAACAAAUAUGUGGAAACUGGUGCCGACGUCGUGUUUGGUGGCGUCGAAUCUGCUACUACUUCUUCCAACGGUGGUAAAUUGAGACAAUCUGAUAGACUGCUGGAUGGUGUUGCUGAUGGCUCUAUGAGAUCUAAGGCCGACAGGUUGAACAAACUUCAAAGAAGAGACAGAAACAGAGACGCAAGACAAGGUGAAUCUGAUAGACACUCAACUGCCUCCCUUGCUAAGCACUUGUUUAGUGGUAAGCGUGGUAAUGGUAAGACUGAUUUCCGUUGA